AUGGGCCAGGAAGAGCAACCACCAGCCCCCAACGCUCCCCAAGGCAAACCGAGGCAGGGGCCAUCGGCGCCCUCCGGGGAGCGGGGCACCGCCUCAGGGGCCCAGUGCGACCUGGGGCCGAAGAAAGGCAAAGGGGACCCCAAAGCGUGCGGGGAGGAGGAAGCCCGGACUUGCUGUGGCUGCCGUUUCCCGCUACUGCUCGCCCUGUUGCAGAUGGCCUUAGGCAUCGCUGUGACAGCUGUGGGCUUUGUUAUGGCAGGCGUCAGCUCUUCCUUGCUAGUCAGAGAUACUCCAUUUUGGGCUGGGAUCAGUGUUUGUGUGGUGUCCUAUCUUGGUUUGUUCAUGCUCUGUGUCUCAUAUCAAGUUGAUGAACGGACGUGCAUCCAGUUUGCUAUGAAACUGUUCUACUUUCUGCUGAGCGCCCUAAGUCUGAUUGUCUGCGUGCUGGCAGUGGCCUUUGCUGCCCAUCACUACAACCAGCUCACACAGUUGAUUUGCAAAAACACCCUCGAUUCCUGCCAGUGCAAAAUGCCCACAUCAGAUCCACUAAGCAGAGCCUUUGUUUACCAGGAUGUCAGUGACUGUACCAGCAUCACCAGCACGUUCAAACUCUUCCUACUCAUCCAGAUGGUUCUCAACUUGCUCUGUGCCAUGGUGUGCUUGCUGGCAUGUUUCAUGAUGUGGAAACACAGAUACCAAGUCUUUUAUGUGGGUGUCCGCUUGUGCUCUCUAACUACUUCUGAAGGCCAACAGCAGAAAGUCUAA